AUGGACAGCCUCGCCGAGCUCAUGGGCGGCUACACGGAAGAAGACGAGCGCGAGAUCUCGCUCGCGCCCGACGACGGGCAAGCGCCCGGGUCGCUCUUCGCCUACCACGUCUGGAACGGCGCCACGUGCCUCUCCGAGUUCUUUGCGGCGACGCCGGCACUGGUGCAGCACAAGGCCGUGGUCGAGUUUGGCGCCGCCUCGGCGCUGCCAUCGCUUGUGGCGCUGCAUCUGGGCGCAUCGACCGCCGUCAUGACAGACUACCCGGCGCCCGUGUUGAUCGACAACAUGCAGCGGAACGUCGCCCGCAACGCGAACAAGCUUGGCCAUGGCAGCGCGACGGUCCUCGGGCAUCUAUGGGGUGAUGACGUCGGCCCGCUGCUAGCGCCUACGCAAGGCGAUGGCUUUGACGUGGCCAUCGUCGCCGAGUGUCUCUGGCUGCACAAGGAGCACGAGCAUCUCUUGAUGUCCAUCAUGGCGUGUUUAAAGCGUGGCGGGAAGGCCUACAUUUGCUUUAGCCACCACGUGCCCGGUAUGGAGAGCGAGGACUUGUCCUUUUUUACAAAGGCUGCGCGCACGUACGCGUGCGACGUCGCGCAUCUCACGACCUUUCAAGUCCACGCCGUCUUUAACGCCGCCAAGACAAAGGACCAGUACCUCUACUGCAUCACCAAGCUCUAG